GGAAGGAAAUAGCACCUGCAGAACCGGGUUUCAAUCCCAUGAAAAAAAACUUUCCCUUUUAAAAUUUGUGCAUGUGGUUCCUCGUACAAAUGCUUAAUCUGCAAGGGGGAAAAUUAAAAAAAAAAGAGAGUUUCAGAUGGGAUACAUGACAGUAGAGGAGCACAGCUCCACCCUGCUCCACCUGAAGAGAUCGCCGGGCAUUCGUUCCUGGUCUCUUCUUGUCGGUAUAGCAUCUGUUGGGCUGGCAGCUGCCUACUACAGCUCAGACAGCGUCUUGUGGAAGCUUUUCUACGUGACCGGCUGUCUGUUUGUAGCCAUGCAGAACAUGGAGGAGUGGGAGGAGGCUGUGUUUGACAAAGCCAAGAACCUGAUUGAGCUCAAGACGUUCAGCUUGUACGCUGUAGUCCUGACGUUGUGGAAGAAGGGUCAGGAGAGAGUUGUGUUGGAUCUGACACAGCUGUGUGACAUCUGCGUCCAGGAAGAGAAGGUUCGCUAUUUGGGGAAGGGCUAUGUGCUGAUGCUGCGGCUGGCUGCCGGCUUCUCCUACCCCCUGACUCAGAGUGCCACACUGGGGGGACGAAGUGAUGUGGAGGCGUUGGCUGCGUUGCUGAAGCGCUUCGUGGGGCUGGAGGAGCUGCAGCAACGCAGGCAGCAGGAGGCCGAGGCCGAGUAUGGAGAGGAGGAAGAUUCUUUGGACAACGGCAGUGAUUCAGAUGAUCAAGCAGACCAGCUCUGAUCUCUGUGUGACUCGCAUCCUUCAUUCAUUUAGGGGCAUCACGGUACUGCCUUGGCAUUACAGAGGGUGCCCAUUUUUAGUGAUGCACUCACUACGUUAUACUUUUAGCAUUAGCACGAAACGCCAUGAAGAUGGCCUCUUUCAGUGUCUCCUCAAAAACUUCCUUCAUCAUAUUUUUGUUGUUGCAUGUCAGUUGUGGUUAUGGCAGCUUAGGGAGGCUAUAGAGAGCCGAAGUCUCGCCCCUUCCGUUUGCCUGCGUAGGACCUAUCUUCGAGGAAAAAAAAAAAAAGAACGGUGGUCAAGGGCGAAAGACAAUUUUCUGGUCCUGAUCAACUUGUGCCUUGGAUUACACGUUUUUCAAAGAUAAAAAAUGAUUUUAAAAUGUACAUUUACCAGAAUGUCACAGGUUGUCACAAAAUAGUUAAGUAAAAUGCUAUGAGAAAAAUACAUAAUUUGCUUGCUUACGUGACGUCAUUUUCCCUCCACUCCCUUCGAGCGGCUGCAGGUCUAAACAUGUCCCGAUUUUAUAAUGGUUUUCACCUCUUUUGAUAAUUCUGCCUUCGUCUUGGAAGAAGACGGUAAAGCUGGACAAGGAGACAGCCAUAUUUCUCUGGUGACGUAUAUAUUGUUCGAGACGAGAGAUGUAGUUCACUAAGAGUUCUCACACACAACAUAAUGUUGUUCAACUUCUUGACGUCCAAUCGUUUCUCUCCUGACAUGUAAAAUUAUCUUUUAAAUUUGUGAACUCCAUGGCACAAUUUAAACCGGACCAAAAAAUAAUUGUUAUCUCUCAUUGACUCCCGUUCAUAUUUGUUUUUGACAGAUAUGUCACGUGGACCGGAAGUAGAUGGGUGUGACUCCGGCUCUCAAUAGAGCUCAACAUUCCUGUCCACAGCGGGUUCCGGAAGUAAAAAUACAGUGCAUUUUCUCCAUUGACAGUUGGGUUAUAAGCCAUAAUGUCAAGGGUAGACUUAAAGCCAACUACCACAUGACUAAGUGAUUGUAUAUCCUCAUAUAGACGCCAAAAGUUCAUAGGGCACCAACCUUGUUUUGAGAUAAAUGUCUUUUAUUCACAAUGUCUUAGAUAAGUACUUCAUUACCCACAAUCCCAAGCAAUCCCACAGUGAUGCCUCUGAUUGGUGGAACUCAUGCUUGUGAGGAGGGGGAGCUGUCGGUACGCGGAUUUACGACACUGCAGGAAUCACCAUCUGUUCCCACGCUUCUGCCGUUAGACGUUUAGCUAACAGCUAAUUAGCUUAACUGCUAGCGGACAGCUUGAUUCAGUAAAGAAAUAUUAACUCAAACUAAACACUGGGAAAACGCAGGCUGUAGCUGAUGUAACAGCUGUUAUAUAUUUUAACAGUUAUUUUCAGGUUUUAUUUUGAGGGUCUUUUAAAGUUGUUACGGUCUGUCUCAGCUAGCGGUUAGCCGAAUUAGCUGUUAGCUAACAAACGUUAGCUUCCUUCAUUCAGUGGUGCGUGGUGGUUUAUGGGAUGAGUAGUAAUAAAUAUAUGUACACAGUCUUGUACCUUUUGACUUUUGGGGGGAUUUUCUGUUCAUAUUUUUUCACUUGAAAUUAUAUGUUGUAUGUUUGUGAGUCACGUGGUAGCUAGUUAGCAUAAGGCAUAGUCUAAAACGCUUUAUAUACGUUUUUUUUUUUAGACGUCAAUGGGGGAAAUGAAUGGGAAAUUUACUUCUGGAACCCAAGCUCUCUCGGAGGAGGGGCAAGACUGUUCUUGACUGCUCUAUUUAAAAAUGUCUUUUUAUUUAAUUUUUAUGUGAACUGGAAUGAAGAAAUCAUCCAAUUAAAUGUUUUGUCAUGC